UCCAGAGUCCGAGCCGAGCGGGAAGAUGCCUGGUCUGGUUAACCGGAGCAGCGGUGCCUCCCUCCCACUCACGGCCUCCGAGGUCACAUCCUGCGUCAGCGGGUACGCCUUCGGCAUGACUGCCUCCCUGACGUACGGCAACCUGGAAACUCAUCCUUUCGAGGGCCUCUUUGUGUACCCGCUGGAUGAAUUCACCACCGUGGUCGGGUUCGAGGCCGUCAUCUCGGAGCGGAUUGUCACCGUGCAGAUCAAGGACAAGGCCAAACUUGAAGACGGCUAUUUUGACCACUGCAGUCUCUCUGAUGGCAGUGCCCUUGACGGGACCGCCCGGAUCGUUCUGGACGAGGACCUGGAGCGGAUCGUGUUCGUGGCCAACCUUGGCAUCAUCACCCCCUUGGAGAGCGUGACCAUCUGCAUCAGCACCUCCUCGGAGCUCCAGACCCUGCCCAGCGGGGCGGUCCAGGUCGUCCUCCCAGCCGUGUGCGUCCCCCCCGUCCCCCCGUUCUGCACCGACAGCUCCGGCUUCUCCGCUCAGCUCCGAGGCAGAGACAGAAAUUACAGUGGACCCAAGACUCCAGAUCAGAGCUCCAGGUUAUGCCUGGCCCGGCUUCUGGAGAACGAGGUGGUGAACCCCAUGGAGUACGAAUUCAGCUUCCAGCUAGAGAUCAGGGGACCGUGUCUUCUUGCAGGGGUGGAGAGCCCCACCCAUGAGAUCCGUGCUGAUGCUGACCCUUCCGCCCAUUCAGCCAAGAGCAUCGUGAUCACCCUGGCCAACAGACACACUUUUGAUCGUCCUGUGGAGAUUCUCAUCCAUCCCAGUGAACCCCACAUGCCUCACGUCUUGAUGGAGCAGGGGGAUAUGACCCCGGCAGAGUUUGAGCAGCACUUGAAGGGGAGAAGCGAUUUCAUUAAAGGGACCAAGAAAGAUGCCAGCGCGGAGAGAAAGACGGAAAUCAUCAGGAAGCGCCUCCACAAGGAUGUGACCCAUCACCCGGUGCUCAUGCUGAACUUCUGCCCCGAUCUGAGGACCGUCCAGCCGGACCUGAGGAAGACCCAGGGAGAGUUUCUGUUCCUCAUAGACCGGAGCGGCAGCAUGAGCGGUGUCAACAUCAGUCGGGUUAAGGAUGCCCUGCUUGUCAUUCUGAAGAGCCUCAUGCCGGCUUGUCUGUUCAACGUCAUCGGGUUCGGCUCCACUUUUAAGACUCUCUUCCCUUCGAGCCAGACCUACAGUGAGGAGAGCCUGGCCACCGCCUGCAAGAACAUCAAGCGUCUGCGGGCUGACAUGGGGGGCACCAACAUCCUGUCCCCGCUCAAGUGGAUCGUCCGCCAACCCAUCCACCGGGGUCACCCGCGCCUGCUCUUCCUGCUCACCGACGGGGCGGUCAGCAACACCGGGAAGGUCCUAGAACUGGUGCGGAACCAUUCCUUUUCCACCAGGUGCUACAGCUUUGGGAUCGGGCCGAAUGCCUGUCGGAGGCUGGUCCAGGGGCUGGCGGCUGUGUCCAAAGGAAGCGCCGAGUUCCUGGCGGAGGGAGAGCGACUUCAGCCAAAGAUGAUCAAGUCUCUGAAGAAGGCCAUGGCUCCUGUACUGAGCGACGUCACCGUGGAGUGGGUCUUUCCCGAAAACACGGAGGUCCUGAUUUCUCCCGUCAGUGCCAGAUACCUCUUCCCCGGAGACCGGCUGGUGGGAUACAGUAUCGUGUGCGACACUUCCCUGUACUUCUCCAACCCCAGAUCUGAUAAGAGGCGUUGCUACAGCAUGAUGCACUCCCAGGAGUCGGGCAGUUCUGUGUUCUUCCACUCCCAGGAGGAGGGAGCCGGGCUGGACGGCGGAAGUGUUUCCAAGGAGUCCGAUGGGCCGCUCCAUUCCGAGAGGACUCCGGACCUCCCAGCCUUCGGCGGAGAUCUGGGGAGAGACUCGGACCCCGACACCGAGCCGGACCCCUGGCUGCACCGGCGGGCCUACAGCACCAACCAGAUCAACGACCGCGAGCCCUGCAAGCGAGUGCCCACGGCCAGCGACCCCAGCGCGGCCGCAGCGGGGAAGAAUCCCCUCCGAAAAGCCCGCGUACAGGACCUCCUGGGCCAGCCCAGCCCUGAGCCCCGGCCCUGGCAGACAGAGCUCCAGUCUCUUGUAGGUGACCGCGCUGCCUCCGGCUCCAGCUCCAGUUCUGGGUCCAGCCCGAUGCCCCGCGGCUCAGGGGCCAGGAGGCCCUCUCUGCUGCCCUACAGCUGCACGUCCUUCAGCCGCAACCCGGACCCCCAGGAAGGGCAGCGCAGGACGCCCUGGAGGGGCUGGGACCAACUGGACACCAGCCCCGGGCUGAAAUCCUCCUCCGACAGUCGCAGCCCCGGAGAUCUGGAGUCGACCCAGCACCCGCCCUUCACCUUGGAGACGGAGACGCCGUCAGAUUGGGAGGCCGCCGAGCGGGAGCGCGGGCCAGGCCGGGGCUGGGCCAGCCGGCCCUCCGCCUGCCGGGCAGUGGUGAAGGGCCUGCGGAACAGCGAGCCGCUGCAGUGGGAGGUGGCCUUCGACCUCGGGCCCCUCUUCCGGGGGCAGGAGGGUCGCCCGGGGGCCGAUGGAGACCUGUGGAACGAGACCUUCCACCAUCUGGCCUCGAGGUCCGUCAUCCGGGAUUUUGAGCAGCUGGCAGAGCAGGAGUGUGAAAUUGAGCAUGGAUCUGGACGCAGGUACCAAGUCAACGCAGUGCACACCAGCAAGGCCUGCAACAUCAUCAGCAAGUUUACGGCUUUCGUGCCCGUGGACCUGAGCCACAACAGCUACCUGCCCACCGUGGUGGCGUAUACCGGCACAGGUGUGGCAUCCAAAGGAAGCAGCCAGCGUGGCUCAAGCACCGGAAGCAAGAAGUCCCGGGGAUUCUCCAUUGGAUUGGGGCGAUCCCAGUCGAUCUGCGGCCAGGUUGCACUAGAUGAUGGAUUUCACAGCCUAAAUCUGGAGGAGAACAGCGAGUCCCUCUGCAGUUCCCCCUCCUCUUCCAGCUGGGAAAAGUGCAGUUUUCCAGAUGCUCCUCUGGGCAGUCCAUCCAUCUCCACUUCCUCUCCCAAGUCCUCAGAAAUCCUCUUUGCUGCCAGGUUGAGCCUGAAUAAAACCAGGCUUCUGACUCGAGCCGCCAAAGGGUUCAUGAGCCGAUCGCCAACGAAGCCCACUGAGCCGCCAGCUGUCGAGAGCGAGAGUGAGAGCAUGGAUUAUUUACCCCUGGUGACCCUGCAGCUGGCCUCAGGCGCCUUCGUGCUCGACUCGGCCUUCUGCGGAGCCACCAGCAUCCCCAUGGAGAAGUUGAAGUGGACCUCCCCGUUCCUCUGCCACCGGACCUCCCUCACAUCCUGCUCCCACAGCAGCUCCUGCAGCGCUAGCAAGCCUCUAUCGGGGCGGCCCAAGAGCCCGGGGCCCAGCGAGCGGGAGAGCUCCCCCAUCCCAGCUGCAAGUGGACCCCCUGAAGGCCCCAGUCCCCGGCACUGGUCAGGCAGCGCGGCCGAGAGCCUCCCCCGGGGUCUCAGGGCCGAGGAUGGACAUUCCCCCGUCCCCCUCCCCGGCCGCCGCAUCUCCUCGCCGGAGAGACCCCGGGCGGCUUCCGCCGACAGCGGGCGGGGGUCCGAGGCGGAGAGCCCGGAGCCGGGGCCCGGGCUGCUGGGGAUGGAGCAGGAGGGGAGGCUGUGGGCCACGGCGGUGGCUCUGGCCUGGCUGGAGCACAGCUCGGCCGCUUACUUCAUCGAGUGGGAGCUGGUGGCGGCCAAGGCCAGCACCUGGCUCAGCCAGCAGGAGGUUCCCGAAGGCCGCACUCUGGCCGCGGUCAAGGCCGCCGCCCGGCAGCUCUUUGUCCUGCUGAGGCACUGGGAUGAGAACCUGGAAUUCAACCUACUCUGCUACAACCCCAACAGCGUGUAGGGUGUGGUGGAGGCCCCGGCGGGAGGGGGGCCGUCCGGGGACCCAAGUCUCGGUGAGACGCUCAGGGCUGCCCCGCGAAUUAGCCGGCAGCUGCUGCAGAGAAUUUAGAUGAACCAUGGAGUGUUUCCCAGAACCGCCCUCACCCUGACCCCACUUCCUGGCCGGCAGAGUCUCUGGCCCCUGUGACUCAGCAGGAGCCUGGGGGACUCACCGCCAAAAAGUGUCCUCAAACCACCCUUAUGUCUCCCCGUGGGCAGCCCGAGUAACCUCCACCCCCGAGGCCUUGAGGUUUUUGAGAAACUGGGCUCCGGCCUGGAACCUUCCGCCUUUCGAGACGGGGCAGAUGGCUCGGGGAGGCUCCCUGUUCACCCCAGUCCUGGAAGGACACUGGGACCCCACCUACUACUUUUCCUCAUCUUCAUCCCUGUUUCGGUGCAAGUGUAGAGUGAAGGACCCUGGAAGAUUCUUAGUGGGGGCCAGAGACUGUUAGAGAAAAGGAGAGAUUAUGAGGAAACCCCACCCCUCCAUGCACACCAGAGUGCACUGUGGGACUUGGGGGGCUAGGGGAGCAUGGGGUGAUGGGCUAGAGGCCCACAGUGUGGAGGCAUGGAAGUCCCCCUGAAGGUCACCUCAGUUCGGAAGUGGUGGAAGGGUGGAGACUGAGGCCAGGAGCUUCGUUCCUCCCGGCCCCGGCGCUCUUGACCCUCCCGCCUCUGUGGACUAGCCACAACCCAGCUGUUAUUUAAUCCUCACCAUCCGGGGUUACUGCUCCCCUCGGACCCAGUCCCCAGACCCUCUCUUGGGUGGUAACCCUGGGGCUUUCCAGCUCUGAGCUCCUGCAGUCACUAGUCCUUAGCAGAGGUCCGAACAGUGCCUGGUAGCCCUGGUAACACUUUGUCAAGGGCGACUCGCCACCCCACAGAGUGAGCCCUAAGAAAUAGGCCCAUAGGCCCCCUCCUGGGCCAAGGAUGGGAGGAAGGAGCCUGGGUUGCUCCAUGACCCCAGCCUUGCAGAGCCCCAUAGAGCUCCUGGCCCUGGAGUCCCAGCUCCCAGACCUUCAAGCCCCACAUUUCCAUGAUUGAUCACCCACCCCACCCCUAACCUUGGGCUGGGAGCUUUUCAUUCAGAAUCCCCCGGGAGCCACCCCGAACCGGAGGCCGAACGAGGGAGAUGGAAUCUCCCGCCCUUUGCAAGGGGAACUGGGGAACUCCCCUUACCCUCACCCACGUCUAGUUUUGUCACCAAAGGGUCCAAUGCAUUCGAUAAGGCCAGCGGAGGGAGGAAUUAGCCCUUCCUUCCCGAAUGCUUUCUGGAGAAGCAAAGACACCUUCAAAUCCCUGAAUGGGCUUGAAAAAUCUGCCCACAGGUAGUCAGAGAAGGCAGCCUGCAGAAGUUUGUCUUGGGAAACAGUCCGGCCGUCAAGUCCUCCCAGAAUGAUCCAACAAUUGGGGGCUGCCAGGAGUCCCAGAGCUGGCUCCUGUAGGACACAUGGGGGCAACGGAGUCGGAAACAUUAAGCCUGGAACAGGCUGAUUGUUUACCGGAACUUGGGUCAGGCCCCUGCAGCGGCUCUGAGCCCGCCCAGGACCAGUUCCCCAGGAGGUCCCUGACCCAGAGCGGUCCAAGCAGUAAUCAAGUCCAGGGGGCUUGCUGGCUGACCCCCUCACUCACCCAGAGGCUUUCCAGGGCUCAGCAGUCCCAGCUCCUCGAGGCGGGCCAGGGUCUGUGAGAGGUCGAGCCCCGCCUCCAGCAGAGCCGAACGGCUGAAGCUAAGCAGCAAUGACCCGUUGCCCUGGUCGGGGAUGGGAGCGUGGAAGCCGGAAGCCUUCCAGAGGCCAUUUCCGGCUGGGCCCUUUUAGACCUCAGGCCCUUUUCCCUUCCGAUCCCUUGAUCCCGUGCCUCCCCAUCUCCUCCAUCCACGGGUUCUCCUGCGAACCCUGACUCAGGGGCUCCGGUCUCUUGCCCUAAGGCCUGACUGUGGCUCAAGUUCAGCUCCCUGGGGCCCGUCCCCCUCAAGCAGAUGUCUCGGCCCCUGAGGAAGGCCGUCUGGGCAGAGACCCUCCCCGGCCAGCAGGAGAGUGGGCCGGAGGUUGGCGGGAAAGCGGAUGACAGAGCGUGGGCUUGGGGGACGCUCUGGCCUCAGGGGGCUGGCAGAAGGGCACCCCAGCCCUGCCUAGUUUGCCCACUAUUGCUGCAGUAUCGCCCAGAAGCUUAUUUCAAUGCACUCCAAGCACUUUCGAGGUUUUCAUGAAAAUCCAGUGACCUUUACGCCAGGGAUUUGGUAGGUGUUUAAGAUGUAAGUCACAUCCCAGUUCCUCAUUUCAAUAAUAAGCGGAACCUAAACUUCCAUCCAGAAUGCAAAUCGGGGAUUAACCUAGUUACCCGCCGUCACCCUCUCCGUCACCAAACAGCCUGCUCGACUUGGCUUGUUCCCGGAAGAAGGGCCAUCGAUCAACCAGGCAACAGUAUCUAUCCGGCGCUUAGCGUGCAGAACAAGUACUGAGUGUUUGGGAGAGCGCAAUAGAGUUGGUAGACAUGAUCUCUGCCCUCAAGGAGCUUACAACCAACGGAACCGUACGUGCCACCCAGCCUACCUGUAUCGACCAUCUGGCCGUCUACAUGGCCAUUUGGAGGAACGGGGGCUUCUCCUGUAGAAUGGAUGGAAUCUAAUCCAACGGCAAGCAGAUGGAGAUGGUAGAAAAGACCUUAGAGAAAGCGGGGAGAUCCCAGCCUGAC